AUGGCGCUGAACUUCUUUGCUGCUCCCGAAGGCGACAGCCCGCCGGGCGCCACUUCUUUUCGAGCGGGAAAGUGCCGCAUCGAUGGAAACCUCGUUUCGCCAGAUACGCGGAAGGGUCGUCUGCAAAUUUGCGAGGGAGACGACGGCCUGACGCAUGUGCAGUGGAUCAACCGCGAAAAUCAGCAGACAGAGGACGACUUGAUUGUAAUCAACGAUGCAUACCUCGAGCGCGUUCCCGAGUGCACCACGGGCAGAGUUUACUGCCUCCGCUUCACCUCGAGUGACAAGAAGAUGCUGUUCUGGAUGCAAGAACCCGACGCAUCCAAGGAUGACUCCCUCAUUGAACAGUUCAACCGACACGCGGGCGGAAUCCCGCCAUCGCGGGCCAGCCGCGAGGCGAACUCGGGAUCUGCUUCUUCCGGAUCAGCAGGCGCCGUGCAGACGGAUGCGGGCCCUAACCCGCAAGGCAUUCAGCAGCUGCGCCGGCUGCUGGCGGAUUAUUCUGAGAGUCUCCGGAGAGCGCGCGGCGAAGCGCAGACUCCAGCGACACCGUUGGCGGAGGUGCUCAACGGUCAAACUCUCUCACGCGUCGCGAACGACGCAGACGUCGUUCGGGAGCUCGUCGAGCUCAUGCCCGAGGGAUGCCAGUCAGAGAGCGACGUGCGCGAGGCCCUGCGUUCCGCGCAGCUGGCGGCGCCUAUGAGCGGCCUUACGCAGGCGAUUUACACAGAUUCUGCGCCUCUGCUGUCCUCCAUGGGCGUCACAAUUGAGGAUCGGGCGGCAGCGACCUCCUCUGACCCUAUGAUGGCCUUCGCGCAGGCGCUCGAGAAGCACUACAAAGAGGACGGCGAGUCUGCGGCGAAGGAGGACGCUGCUAAGGCAGAGAGCCAAGAGACCGAGGCCGACGCGGAGGCGAGCCAAGAAGCGGCGGAAGGCGAGAAGAAAGCUGAGUAA